ACGUAUCCACACUGUCUCCGCAGUCUGCAGUUCAGUGCCGGCGCGACGCAUCAAGCAGACUAAAAUUACAAAACCACGUGUAGUGUGAAACGCACAGCUCGACCCACGCUGUGUAUCAAUAUUUAAUUUGUUUUUGUGUUGAUUUAAAAAAAAAAAAACUCUCGACAACCAUGACGAGUAUCACCGACAGGUGCUCGUCCGAGCUCAUCCUGACCAGCGACUGUUCUGGCAAGAAUUGCAGCGCCAAUCUGUGGGACCCGGUGACGGGCUCCCUUCGCCACCAGUACCGGGCCGGGGACAAGGGCCACACGGGUGCCCUCGGCCAGGCCACCCUGCAGCCGCUGCGCGACUCCUACGUGAUCGGCGCCGACGUGCAAAAGUCCCUGCUGUACGCGUGGCCCGUCAACAGCCAGGUCAUGGUGCCCAACACGAGGUUCGUCACUCCGGGCCGAGUCACGGCCCUCGCUGCUUCGCCCGACGGCGCCGUCAUCGUCGCGGCCAUCGGCGACACCAUCUGCGUCUGGACCACGUGCAACGGCGAGCUCGUGCGAUCCUUCACCAAGCACUAUCAGCCCGUCAACCGGCUGGUGUUCAACGCGGACGGCACCUGCUUCGCCAGCGGUGGCGAGGACGGCUUGAUAUUCGUCUGGCUGCUCAGUCGAGUGGCCAACGAAGCGGAAUUCGAGCCACUGAGCGAGUUCAAUUACCACUCCAAGACCAUCACCGAUCUGUACUUUGGUAAACUGAACACCAGCAACAGAUUGUACUCGGUUUCGCUGGACCAAUCGUGCAGGGUUUACGACAUCUGGAAGAAUCAAAUGCUUCUGGGAUUGGUGUUCGACGAGCAGCUCACGACAGUUACCUGUGACCUCAUGGAAAAUAAUUUGUUCGUUGGAGAUAUUAAAGGAGUGGUGGAAAAGUUCAAUUUGAGAGAACCACCAAGAUCCAUAGAAUAUCACGUGUCGCUGGGUGAAAAGUUUGUAUAUAAAGGACACGAAGCUAGUAUCACAGCUCUUUCUGCAUCCAAUGAUUGUAUUACACUUCUUACCGGAUCCAAAGAUUGUAUGGUUCACAUGUGGGAUAUUGCAAGUUGUCAAAUACUUUUGACACUGAAACAUCAAGCGCCUGUAGUUUCAGCAUUCUUCACUCAAGAUUGUAGAAAUUUCAACGACCCAAAGUUUAAACCUCGUUUUUCCAUUUGUCCAUUAAAAAAAACAGCAACAAAGGAAGGACCUGUAGAAAUUGAAGGUGAUUUAGACUAUACCGAUGGAUCAGAAUUUCUUACUUUAUCAUCAUCAGUUGAUGAUAACGCUGACACAAGUUCUAUCCAGGCAAAAAUAAAUAAAAUUGAGAUAGAAAAUUUGAAAAGAAAAUUACAAAAUUGCAAAGCAGAAUUGGAAAAAGAAAAAGCUAAAUCUAAAGAAGUUGGCAAAACAAACAAAAAUAUACUUAAAAAUGCUGUAAAUGUGCUUUUUGACAAUGAUGCGCCUAAAGCAAAGAAAGCAAAAAAGACUCAGAACAAUAAAUAAGUUCUUAACUGUUUUAUAAUGAACUAAAUGUUAUUAUUAAGUCAUGUUAAUAAUUAAGUUAAAUGUAUUGUAUAUA